GUGCGGGCGGGUGGUAGAACAUUUCAAUAGGGCUACUGCUUCUGAAUGGAUGCAACUUCUCGAUUACAAUUCGCUGAAAGGAGAUGCAAAGUCUUCAUAUUUGUAGAUACACAUUUUGGGGCAUACCAUCAUCUGAAUCUCUUCAGUUGAGCUUGACUGCAGCUUGAGAGUACAUAAUUUAGACUAGUUAGCGGCCAAGUCAUAUUAUUGCUGUCAUCAUAUUUGACAGUGUUAAAAAUCUGCAUAGUCGUGCCAAGAAAUGACAGAAGGUACCAAUAUGACAGACAAUGAAUCUGACACAACUAAAGAAAUGGUUCCUGCGGAAGAGACACCAUUGAAGUCAUAUGAAAAGCGCCCUGAAGAAGCUGAGGAGAAGAACGAGAACGGGGGUAGCAAAGGAACCAUCCAAGAGCAGGUCCCCGUGGCUGCGGAGGAGCCUGAGUUCGUGCACCCAGAAGGAGGAUGGGGGUGGGUGGUUAUGCUGGCUGCCAUGUGGUGCAAUGGAGCGGUGUUCGGAAUCCAGAACGCCUUUGGCAUCCUGUUCAUGUCCCUCCUGAAAGAAUUCGGCUCAUCAGAUGAUGAAGACCUCAGGUUCAAAACAGCGUGGGUGGGCUCCCUCUCCAUGGGGAUGAUUUUCUUCUGUUCUCCCAUCGUCAGCGUCUUCACAGACCUGCUGGGCUGCAGGGUGACAGCUGUGGGCGGAGCCGCCGUGGGCCUGGUGGGACUGCUGGCCAGCUCUUUUGUCACGUCCCUGGGUCCCAUGUACUUCACCUACGGCAUCGUGUUCGCUACGGGCUGUUCCUUCGCCUACCAGCCCAGCCUGGUGAUCCUGGGACACUACUUCAAGAAGCGCCUGGGCCUUGUCAACGGCAUCGUGACGGCCGGCAGCUCUGCCUUCACCGUCACCCUGCCCUUCCUCUUGUCUGGCCUGCUGGAGAAGGUGGGCCUGCAGAACACCAUGAGGGUCCUCAGCAUCCUCAUGUUCAUCCUCAUGCUGGCUGGGUUAACCUACACUCCCCUGCUGCCCAAGCCUGUCAACAGCAACAAUCCAGGCAGCCGCUUCCCACCCAUGAGCAAGGUAUUCAAUGUCAACAUCUGGAAGUCUCUGGGCUACCGGAUCUGGGCCUUCGGCAUCCCUGCAGCCCUCUACGGAUACUUUGUGCCUUACGUUCACCUGAUGAAGCACGUUGAGGAGCGCUUUGGAGAAGACGCCAACAAGGAGGUUCUGCUCAUGUGCAUCGGCGUCACGUCUGGUGUGGGCCGCCUCAUCUUCGGCCAGGUGGCAGACUAUGUACAUGGAGUCAACAAGGUCUACCUACAGGUGUCUUCAUUCAUGGUCAUUGGCGUGAUGUCCAUGAUGAUCCCUCUGUGUCAUGUCUUCGGAGGGCUGAUUGCGGUGUGUCUGCUCAUGGGCCUGUUUGACGGCUGUUUCAUCUGCAUCAUGGCCCCCAUUGCCUUCGAGCUGGUGGGCUCCCAGAACGUGUCCCAGGCCAUCGGCUUCCUGCUGGGCAUGAUGUCUGUGCCCAUGACCGUGGGGCCUCCUAUUGCAGGGUUCCUGAGGGACAGGCUGGGGAGCUACGACGUGGCCUUCUAUUUGGCUGGUAUCCCUCCCAUCAUCGGUGGGGCCGUGCUGUGUCUGAUCCCCUGGGUGGAGGCCAGACGUAUCAGGAGAGAGCAGGAGGAGGCAGCCAAGGAUGGCACCCAGGAGCAGAUGCUGGAGUUCAAGAGGAACAGUGGGGGUCAGGGCGAUGCACUAGCAUUGAAGACCGCAGACCCCGAAUCUGUCAUCUAAGUCUGUCAUCCAAAACACACUCAAAACAAAGAGAUACACCCAGACAUACAUACACACAGUUCAUACUCACUUGCAGGCGCACACACUUGGAACUGCUGAUUAUUAUAUAUUUUUUAUAUGAUACAAAUAUAGACAAAAUAUGUAUUGACCUGUGGUGUAUGUGUAAACAAUAUUUUAAUGGCUGCUUUUGUAUGUGGGGAACAUUCUGAAGUAAUAAUACAUUGAACAUUAAUGUGAUCUUGAAGAGCUAUGCAUUGGAUUGUUGUUUUCCAUCAAUCUUCCAGCUGUUGAAUUAACUUGAAGGUUAAAAUGGAAAAUGGGGAAAUCUCACAUCUUAUAUUUCUUACAAGGGAACACAUGCUUUACGUGGGUGCAUUUUGAAGGCUGCAAGCACUUAUUUACAUAAGAAUAGCAGUGGCCGGUCUCACUAGCAAAUUCUCCCGUUUUCAAUGUGCAUUCUUUAAGGGCAAAUGUCCAAUACAAGCUUAAAUAUAGAUUUCAGACUUUGCAGAAUUUUGAAAAGAAAAACACAAACUAGAUUUAUUGGGUUUGUUUUUAAAACUAUAUUUCAAAUCAACACUGGGGACAUAAUUGACCAUAUAUGGUAUGUAUUGUUUCUCAAAUGACCCCAAUCAUCUCAUAAGUAGUAUAAGUAAGUGGGUGUUGCUUGUCUUGACUACAGUAUAACAAAGAUUUAAAAAAGUAUGAAACGUAUACUGCUAAGUAGAUUUAACCGGGGAAAAUGCUGUCAACCUUCAGUCAACAUUUUUCUGUUUACCUGUGGGGUUUUUGAUGGUCUCUUAAAACAUGGCAAGAUUGUGAAUGUGUGGGGAAUUUGUGAAUUAUGUUUUUGAUUAAGUAUGACCUGAGCAUACAAUAUCACUUCAAAGAAGUGCUGUAUGCGAUAAUGUGUGGGGAGGUAGGUCGUUUCUAGUGGUUGUAGGGUUUACUAUUGUCUUAGUUUUAAAGGUGUUUGGGCACCUCAAGGGAGCAGCUUAAAGCACAAUUAAAGCAUCCCGCACAUGAAAUAUCAUCGUCGUCAUCUCAAGGCUGCAGUAGUCUGGACCUGAAAUAGGCCUGACUUUACCUGAGGCUGUAUUCAGUUGUUAUGAUCUCUGAUACAGUAUAGCUUGAAUGCUUAUUUUCCCACCGUACACAGUGCCUGAGAAUCCUUUUCAGUGUUUCUACAUCAGAACCACCAUCAUCAUUUUUGUCUACAUAGUUUAUAGCCAGCACAGAACAGGAUCCUAAAACUAAACGUCUGACUAUGCAAUGUGAGUGAAGGAUGAACGUCAAUAUUGAUUUGUGGGGAGUCAUUUACAUGAAACGUGGAUUAAUUAAUUAAUAUUAUGAAUUUAUUUUUAUUGUUGAAGUUGAGCAUUAUUUUGUCCCGCACAUAUAGUAAACCAAUGUUAUACUUUCAGCAUAUCUUCUAAUUGUAGUAGGCUCACUCUCGCCACCAUAUUUCAAAUGUAAUUUGAGAUGUGACCAUCAAUGCUUAACUUGACUCAACUAUGUGCUCAGUUUGUUAAACUCUUGUUAGAAAAAAAUAUUUGUUUUAAACGAUCAUAUUUUUCAUAUUUGUAUUUAUUUUUUUCUAGAGUUUUUUUUUAGUGGCUGAUGUCAUGCCAUAAUUGAUGGGUGUUGGCCUUUCUCAUUAUUUGAUAUAUUAAGGACCAAAUGGUCCACCAUUUUUAUGUUGUAUUGAUUCUUCUGGGUGUGGCCUUGAAAUGUAAAGAAAAGAAAAUGGCUGAUUUGUCUACAGCCAAUUCUAUUUAUCAAAGCACCACCCUCAGGAUAGUUUAUUAGGCUUUUCAAACAUUUAUCACCCUCCUGCAUUUAAAAUCACCCUCCUGCAAUUCAACAAUCAUUGAUAAUUAUAAAGAUUGCGCUUGGAGAACUUGAGAACCCACAACUUUUACAGUGAAGGAUUUUGACUCGACAAUCCCUUGACCACUAAGCACGCAGAAAAGUAAUAACUUAUUAAAAUCCAAACUAUCCAGCAUUGUGGGUCAUUGGUUUCUCCAAGGCAAGACUUGUGACACAAUCUACCUCAGAUGUCAUGCACAUUUCUGGUAUUUUGUCCUAACAGUCAUUGUGAGACCGAAACAGGCUGAAGGUUCAAACCAUUACAAAACUGGCAACAUUUCCCUUCCCCUCCACUGUAUGUCCUUAUUGAUUAUACAAACAUAAGGAGAGAGACUGUGUAAAAUAGUAUUUCGGCUUCCUAGACGUCAUUGUUUGCGCUGAAAGGGUGUGUUGCUGCCUAUCUGUACCACAGAACAGUGUUUGUGUCUGAGAAGUACUUCAGUGGAAUUUUGUAACCUGGGAAAUGCAAAUAAAUCUCUAAUUCUGAGAAGAAAAGUUGCUAUCUUGAACUUCAAUCUUGCUUUUGGAAUUAGCUCUUUUUAAAGCUUUGAAUUUUCAGUUUAAUUUUUUGCUAUUAAUGUUCAAAUGAAAUAAUACCCAUGUCACAAGGAAUGUUGGAGACGUGUUUUGUUUAGUUUUUCUAACUAGAGAAUACCUUUCUAAUAGGGCAUUUCUAAUUAUAUAUAAUUUGUUUUAUGAAGUUGUUUAUUUUUUUUACGUUUAUGCUAAUGUCAGUGUUAGUUAUUUUGGGGGGACAUCAUAGACAUACACAGUUGCACAAUUCACCAAUGAAAGCCUCAGGUAAUUUCUCAAGUAAUGGAAAUUCCUGAAAUUGUACCUCAGAGGUUUACUGAGAUACCCCUUUGCCAUAAACAAUACUAAUUGUUUAAGUAUAAUUAUUGAUUACAGAAAUUAUCUCGUACUGAAUGAAUUCCUUGCCAUCCAAAGAAGUUUGUCACUUUUUGGGAAUGUCCCAAUAUUUAGAGAAUAUAAAGUGAAUGUAAAGAUGAGUCUAUGCAUGUUCUAUUUUUGUUAAGUGGCUAAAGACCAAAUUCAACAGCAUAUUGUUUGAAAUGGUGUAAUAAUAUGUUUGUACUUACAUAUGUAGGUUAUAUAUAGAUUUUAUUGCAACUCUUGCUGUACACAGGAGUGAUUCAGUGUAUAUUGAUGCCUGAUAAUGCAACUAGAAUUCUGUAAUGCAUAAUGUAAUGUCACAAAUAUAUACUUUUCAGCUUUCACUUUCACCCCAUGUUUUCUGCAUUGUUCUGUCAUUUUCCUGGUUCACAUAUUUCUUUAUGUAAACAUUGUAUAUUGCUGAUCAUUCAAAUCACCCAUAGCUGUAUGUAGUCAUUUCAGCAUGUUAUUGCUUUUAAAAAGGUAUUCAUAUUUUUUUAAUUGCAUGAUUUGUGUUUUAAUUUGAUUGUAUGAUAUGUAAUAAACAACUCAAAUUUAAAAUACA